ACAGGCACUCACAACAGAAGGAAUGCCCGACUCCAAGUACAAAGAAGCUGUUAAAAAGAUAAAGCAAGCUUGUGACGAUGAAAUGUUGAGGGAGAUACUUGUCAGCGAUGAUAUGAUUGAAAUGCUAUCAGAGGCUGGAUACACUGGUGUACCACAUAAAGAGACAGUGCAUACUGUUUCCAAAAUUGCUCAGUCAAUUUGCGUAAUGGGCCACUUUUCAUCAGUUCUUCCUCAAAUUAUGCAAUUGGUUGAAGGCCUCAGCAGUUGUGGUCUUAUAAAUUAUAUGAUAGAAAAUCCAGAGUUGUGGAAGCCAUUGUUCGAUCCUUAUAACGAUUCGUUUAAACUUUCUGCUGAUACUUUCCUCAAUGAAAUUAUUCCAACAUUCAGCAGUUCGCAGAUUCACAAGGAAAAGGAGAUUGACGUGUACAAGAUAUUUUGCGACUAUGUGCAAACCCUAGAUACUGAAGGAGACGUAUCCAUAUCAGCGUUUCUGAAGUGA